AUGGCAGAAAUGAAUAGCUAUUACAAGUGGUGUAUGUUCUUUUUGUCGGUGAUAGGACUUUGGCCGUAUAGCAGCAAGAAAUUUCGACUCUUGCAAAAUGGUAUCGUCAGUCUCGCUUCUGGGUUAUCUGUAAUCUGCCAGUUUUUAGCUUACUUCACUGUGGAGAGAAACCUUAUUCGUCUGCUCAAGUUAACAUCACUUAUAUCAAUGACAUUGAUCACGUUCACGAGAUACCAUUUUGCCUGGUAUCAGAUUGAUCAAAUGAAAGAAUUUCUAGAUCAGAUCAGCUUUGAUUGGAAGAUUAAUAAUGACGAAAUACUUGGAAUUAUGCAGACACACGCCUUUUUUGGAAAACGUUUUGUAAUUACUUUUGCGGUAUAUUUUACAGUAGUUGCCUACGUCCCUGUGUGUAUAAUAGUGUUAUACCACAUAUCGCCAAUUAUUUUGGAUAGAGUUUUGCCAUUAAAUGAAUCACGUGCCGUAAAUCUUCCAGUAGAUGUCGUACUAAUGUUUGACAGAGAACAACAUCCUGUUUUCACUGCUUUUUUACUAUGUUUAUUAUUAACAGUGGCCGAAUCUAUAACUGUUGGGGCAGAAUCAUUUCUAAUUAUGCUUAGUUGGCAUAUCGCUGGUUUAUUUAGUAUUGCAAGUUAUUAUUUUCAAAAAGCUGUUCUCCAGGAAUGCGCUGCAUCUGGUUUUCCGCGAGAUUGUAAAGAUAAUAAAGGUGCUAGUUACAUAACUAGUGGUGUGAUUGUACAUUGGAAGGCACUUCAGUGA